GCGGGCAGUACCACUGAGCUCACAGGGGAGAGAAAACUUUACUCUAGUCCUGACGUUAGUUUUCCGUGUUCCGGAAAACACGGGCAUGGGGAAGAUCUAACCGGAGACGCGCGCGGACAGGGCGAUCGGAGAGAAGGCCAUUUACCCCGGUACGGUGAAGAAAAGGUGUUGGAGCAACAUGGCUGCCUCUGUCAAGGUGGCAGUGCGAGUCAGACCCUUUAACUCCCGAGAGACAAGUCGAGAUGCCAAGUGUGUAAUACACAUGCAGGGCAAUACUACAUGCAUCAGCAACCCGAAACAGCCAAAACACACUGCUAAGAGCUUCACCUUCGACUACUCCUAUUGGUCACACACUACAGAGGAUGAUCCUGCGUUUAUUUCUCAGAAGCAGGUGUAUUUGGAUAUCGGAGAACAGAUGUUACUUCAUGCAUUUGAAGGGUAUAAUGUGUGUAUUUUUGCUUAUGGACAAACUGGAGCGGGGAAAUCGUACACAAUGAUGGGAAAACCGGAGCCUGAAGAACAGGGCAUCAUACCACAGAUGUGUGAAGAUCUAUUUAAUCGCAUCAUGGAGAACACAGAUCCUGAUCUGUCAUACUCAGUAGAGGUCUCCUACAUGGAGAUUUACUGUGAGCGUGUGUGUGAUCUGCUAAGCCCUGUGUGUGUUGUUGGACUGCGCGUGCGUGAGCAUCCCAUCCUCGGACCAUAUGUGGAGGAUCUGACCACACAUGCCGUGUCCAACUACAGGGAUAUCACUGAACUGAUGCAGUGUGGGAACAGAGCACGUACGGUGGCAGCAACGAACAUGAAUGAGGCAAGCAGUCGAUCUCACGCUGUUUUUACACUCAUCUUCAGUCAACGCCGCCGAGACCUCAUCACCAACCUCACCACUGAGAAGGUCAGUAAGAUCAGUCUGGUUGACUUGGCGGGCAGUGAGAGAGCAGCUUCAUCUGGAGCAAAGGGCAUAAGGUUAAAGGAAGGAGCUAACAUUAAUAAAUCUCUCACUACACUGGGGAAGGUCAUAUCUGCACUUUGUGACAUGCAAAACAGCAAGAAGAAGAAAUCAGACUACAUCCCAUACAGAGACUCAGUCCUCACGUGGUUACUGAAGGAGAAUCUUGGUGGUAACUCACGCACUGUUAUGAUUGCUGCUCUCAGCCCUGCAGACAUCAACUAUGAAGAAACGCUCAGUACACUACGGUAUGCCAACCGUGCAAAACAGAUUCGCUGUAAUGCCGUGAUCAAUGAAGAUCCAAACGCACGGCUAAUCAGAGAAUUAAAGGAGGAAGUGAACCAACUCCGAGAGCUAUUGCUAGCACAGGGUCUUAGCCAGCUAAUCACUGGUGCGGAGGUGAAUAAUAACAGUACCUGUUCAACACUAGCCACUGACUUUGCCCCUAAAAGUGCUCCAACAAUCACAGCCCAUGCCUCCUCCCAAGAUAUUUACCCCUCAGUUUAUCAGGAUGAGAUCACACAGGAGGAGGCAAUGGAAAGACUGAGGGAAACAGAGAAGAUUAUUGCUGAUUUAAAUGAAACUUGGGAGGAAAAACUACGAAAAACCAAUUCUAUGCGUUUGGAGAGGGAGACUCUAUUAGCUGAAAUAGGUAUGUCUAUUAAAGAGGACGGAGGAACUGUUGGUGUGUUCUCACCUAAAGGAACACCACACCUGGUGAACCUGAAUGAAGAUCCUCUGAUGGCUGAGUGUCUCCUGUAUUACAUUAAAGAGGGAGUUACCAGGGUCGGUCAGAAGGAGGUGGAUAUCAGGCUCAGUGGGCCAUUCAUUAUGGAACAACAUUGUGUCUUUCACAGCUAUACUGACAACCAUGGAGAGAUUGUCGUAACUCUGGAGCCAUUAGAAGGGUCGGAGUGUUAUGUCAACGGCAAGUUAAUUACAGAAUCAACAGUACUCAGACAAGGUGAUCGUGUGGUGCUAGGGAAGAGCCACGUGUUCCGUUUUAAUCACCCAGAGCAGGCAAAGAGGGAGAGGGAACGUGGCACCACUAUUGUCCAGCAGGGGGAGUGUAACGUCACACAGCAGGAGCUGAUGGAAGAACAAGGGAUCGAAAUCAGAGAGGAUGAGGAGACGAGGUUGAAUGACAUGGAGCUUCAAUACCGUCAGGAGAAAGAGGAAGCUGACCUUCUGCUUGAGCAGCAGAGACUGUAUGCAGACUCAGACAGUGGUGAUGACUCUGAUAAGCGUUCAUGUGAAGAGAGCUGGAAACUCAUCUCAUCUCUCAGAGAGAAACUACCAGCUAGCAAGGUGCAGUCUAUAGUUAAGCGCUGUGGCUUGCCCAGCAGUGGGAAGCGACGUGAGCCUCAGCGUGUAUAUCAGAUCCCACAGCGGCGACGUGUGGGUGUGUUUGACCCUGAGCAUAUGUCUCUCUCUGACCUGCAACUGCAAGCAGUGAAGGAAGUGUGUUAUGAAGUGGCGCUUGCAGAAUUCCGAAACACACGCCAGGAAAUAAAUGCCAUGGCCAUCAUGAAGAUGAACGAACUGCUGCACAUACAUGGAAUGAGUAUGGCUGAAGGGGGUGGUGCCUGGAGGCAGGUGGCCCAGGAAGUCUGGGACACAGUGGGUGGGGCCACAGAAGAAAAAGACAGAGUUAGCGGUGGAGUGGGUGGAGUUGGUGAUGAAGGUGUCAGGGACAGAGGUGGCAUGUUUGAGCUGAAGACUCACUUAGAGAAGCUGACAGACAUUUUACAGGAAGUGAAGCAGCAAAACAACAUGAAGGACGAAGAGAUACAAGCACUCAGAGACAGGAUGAUGAAGAUGGAGAGGGUCUUGCCUGUACGACAGGAUUGUGAAGCGUUAGAGAAUCAGGGAAUCGGAAAAAUAAAGGCCAAGGAGGCAAAUGAGAGGCGUGACCAUGAUAAUGAGGGAUGUGUGUCUCUUGAUCUGCUGUCUAAUAAAGAGCGACUUGUGCAUCUGAUGGAAGAAGACCCCGCCUUCCGUAGGGGGCGACUCCGCUGGCUUAAACAGGAACAGACACGAUUCCAAAAUCUGCAGCAACAGCAAAUUGCAAAACAGCUGCGACAGACAGGGGGUGGAGGCAGGGCUGGGGAAGGAAGCAUGGUUCACCUGCCGGGAACAGGGCGGUUCAUCCCUCCACACGAGUGUAAGCUGAAGUUUCCCUUUAAGAGCAACCCACAGCACAGGCACUCUUGGAGCCCUGCCCAUCAUAUAACCCCACCCACUGAGGAAGAGAGGAGGGAGGGGCCAAAACGUCGUUCCACGACAAAUCAUAUCACUCCACCUCUGAAUCACAUGGUUCCAUCAGCAAUCCCCAGUCCUGCCCAUGAGGUACCAUUGUUCAUCCUCCCAUCUAUGUUCCAGUUACCAGUUGCCAUGGGAACCCAGCGCAUGCACACUCCCUCCAGCAACAGUCACUUCCCACAGCAUCAGCAGUGGCACUACAGGAGGAACUCUGUGGACAGUUCAGUCAGUCACCAUGGACACAAUUACCAUGGUGACAGCAACAACCAACAAAGUCACUAUCAGCGAAGGUCACCAAGCCCUAUGGCAAGAGGGGAUCCCCGAGAUUACUAUGGCAACCAGCAGCAUCAGCACAACCGACCCCAGCAGUGUGUCCGCCCAUUUCUGAUGUACCAGGCCCUGCCCACUGCACACAGGCUGCCAAGCAACACACACAGUGAAUAUGCCCAGUGUGGCUGGGGGCGGAACCAAAAAUACACCACACCCCCUCGCAUGAGACGUCAACUUAGUGCACCUGACCUGGAGAACAAGCAAACACCUAUCUAACUGUGUGAGUGAGUGAGUGAGUGAGUGAGUGAGUGAGUGAAACAAGUGGAGAGGAAGCAAAUUUAAGGAAUGGGGGAAAAAUAAAAAGAAAUGAAAAGGAAUAAAUAUGUAGACAAAAGAACAAAAGAAAGCAACCAAGUGAAAAAAGCAAGUGGAAAAAGUGAAGUAAAUGAAUAAAGGAAACGGAGAGGGAAAAAAGGAGCAAGUAAUGAAGAAACAACCAAACAUGGAAAAAGAAAAAAAAAAGAGUAAAUAAAUGAUCUCAGAACUUAUGGUGGGAUCUGAUUUUUUUUUUUUACUUUGUGUGUGUGUUUCACAGAUUUGUGAUGAAAUAAAAUAAAUAAAAAUAAAAACUGUGUGUGUCAGAAACCAAA